AUGGCCUAUCAAGCUAUUGGUACUGCCAAGCGAAACAUCUACAACGAAUUUGACGCUCCCUCCUCCAGUUAUACUUCCAUUUCGAAAGGAGGUCCUCUUGUCUCCUCAUGGCUCCCCACCCUCUACAAUACCCUUUCCUCGCUCCUAAGCUGGACGGGCUCCUACCCAGCCCACAUCCAAGACGCCCAUCUCGCCUUUGUGCGCGAAGCCGUGGACCCCCGCCUGAAGCAGCCGCCUGCUUCUCCUGACAAAGCGAACUACAUUCUUACUCACAAUCAGUCUCCUUAUGAAGCAAGCGUCGCGUUCUCAUCUCACAGAGAGGCCAAGGUACGGUUCACGGUGCAGCCGCUCGUGGAUCCAAGCCCUGGGGCCGCGGGCGAUGACCCCCUAGGGCAGAGAGGACUGCGUCAGAAGCUGGAGGGUCUGGCAUCUGCUUGCAACGCCGAUCGCACGUGGUUGGAUGCCUUCCUUGAUUCUGUCUUUCUUACUACGGAGGAGGAGGCGGGCUUGAUCAGAAUGAAGCCUGGUGGUGCGCUGCCCCGACAAAUUUGUUAUGCUGGAUUCGACCUCGAGUCUGAGGAGAACACGACCAUCAGCAUGAAAGCGUACCUUUUCCCGCAACUCAAAGUCCUCGCAACGAACCGGUCGCUGGUGGACAUCACCGAGUCCGUCGCGACACGCCUUGCCGCGGGUGAUGAAGCGAUGUUGGCUGCGUGGGAAUUACUCAAAACGUUCCUCGUCUCGCAAGGCGAGGACAAUAUCAACAUCUACUUUCUCGCCAUCGACUGCGUGGCGCUCUUCAAGAAGCCUCGCUUUAAGGUCUACGUACACACAUACGCCAACUCACUUGCCUCAGCCCGUGACGUCUUCACACUAGGCGGCCGCCUUCCUGCUUCCUCGGCCGACUUCCUCCCACAAGUUUGGCCUUUACUUAUGGAAAUGGAAGGCAUUGCCCCAGCCGAGAUGGAAAGUCUGGAAAAGCCGCUCAGUGAUCCGAAUAGCAAGUACUGCGGGCUCUGCUUCGCCUUUGAAAUUGUGCCAGGCAAGGCGGUCCCGCAGGUCAAGAUGUAUGUGCCGAUCUGGCAGUACUCCCGUGACGAGGCCGGAAUCGUUGAGCGCUACGAGCGAAUCCUUCAGACGCAGGGGAUGAUGUCGGGGAAGUACGACUUUGGAGCUGCUGUUCGAGACGCCUUCGGCAAGAAUAGAGAGACUGGCCUGCAUACCAUGGCUUCGAUUUCCUCUUCUGGCAAGGGCGUGGGGUUCAGCGCCUAUUUUGGGCCAAGGUUUUGGGAUUGA